AUGGAGCCGGCCGGGCCGUGCGCCUUCUGCCCGGCGGCCGAGGAGCCGCAGCCGGCGCGCUACACCUGCCCGCGCUGUAACGUGCCCUACUGCUCGCUGCGCUGCUACCGGGCGCACGGCAGCUGCGCCGAGGCCUUCUACCGGGACCAGGUGCUGGGCGAGCUCCGCGGCCUCCACGCCUCGCCCAGCCGCCUGGCCUGCGCCCUGCGCCGGCUGCGUGAGCAACGUGAGGCCGAGGACGAGGCCGAGGACGCGGGCCUGGGGCCCAGCCCGGGGCCCGGGGCCUUGUCGGGGCUCUGGGGGCGCCUGGGCCCCGCCGACCGGGCGGCCUUCGAGCGGCUGCUGAGCCGGGGCGAGGCCGGCCGGCUGCUCCCGCCCUGGCGCCCGUGGUGGUGGCGGCGCCGUGGGCCCGAGCGGCGGCUUCUAGAAGAACUGGGUGAUGCCCCAGCAGAGGACCCGGCGCUGGCACCGACCCGGGACCCCCAGGAGCCUGCGGCAGCCGCCCCGGAUACCCCCAUCACCGGGGCCGAGGCGCAGCUUGGAGACAACCCCGUCACUUUGGGGGAUGCACAGCUUGAAGACACCCCCGUCACCUUGGCCGACGCACAGCUCCGAGACGCCCCCUUGGCCCCUGCGCCCCCGCUGCCCACCCACCUGCCCUCGCUGGCCAGCCUGACCCGCGGCCCUGCCUCGCCGCUCGUUCGCUUCCAGCUGCCCAACGUGCUCUUCGCCUAUGCGCACGCCCUGGCCCUGUACCACGGCGGCGACGACCCCGCGCUGCUGCCCGACCUCUGCGCCACGCUCCUCGGCGUGUCCGGGGCCCUGGGCGCCCAGCAAGUCUUCGCCUCCACCGAGGAAGCCCUGCAAGCCGCCGUGCACGUCCUGGAGGCCGGCGAGCACCCUCCGGGACCCCUGGGCACUCGGGGAGCCAUGCGCGAGGCCGCCCGCAUCCUGCUGGGGGAAGGCCAGGCCACCCAGAAGAACUACACGCUGGCGGCGCUGGGCCACCUGGCGCGGACCCUCGGCCAAGCUCGAAAACUGGCUGCUGCUACCGCUGCCGGGGAGGAGCGAGAUCGCCUGUACCGGGCGCGGAAGAAGUGCCAGUUCCUGCUGGCCUGGACUAACGAGAACGAGGCCGCGCUGACGCCCCUGGCACUGCAGUGUGCCCAGGCCCACCGGACCCAGGUGGCUGCUGCCCAGGAAGUGGCAGCGCUCACCGGGGAGCUGGAGCGGCUUUGGGGGGGCCCGAUGCCACCUGCACCCAAGACUCUCAUUGAAGAGCUGCCCGGUUGAUCUAGGAAGCCCCGGGCUUGUCUUUAAUAAAACUGACCGCGUGUGGCC